AUGGCUGUGUGCCAUGGGUCCUUGGGGUCCUUGGGGUCGGGAUCCUUGCGAGUUUGGGGGCCCAGCCAUGGCGGCCGUGGCGGCCAUGGUUCACUCAAAUCCAAUGACAGCUUCGCUGGCUGCCGACUUGGCGUAGCUUGUGUGGCGGUAGCGCUUCGAGCGCAGGGUCAAUGGACACCCCCCAAGCGAAGAUCAUUGAAAGGGACCAAGCUGACCAAACAGCUGGGAAAAGCACCGGCUGUGAAGGGGGAGAACGGCCAGGCUGAGCACAUUGACUUGCCAUGUUUUUCGAUGCGAGAUCCCUAUGCUUCAUUACUGUUGCAUGGAGUGAAGACUGUGGAGACACGCAACUGGCCUAUGUUGAAAGAUGUCUCCGGUCCGUGUCUGCUGCAUAUUGGUCACAAGACCAUGGACGAGAGUGUCGCUGGAGAGUUCCUCUGGCGCAACAACCUGGCAGAUCCUGCGAAUCUGGAAGGAUUGCUGCAGCCACCCAUGGGCUUCCAGCGGGGUCAGGUCCUGGGCUUGGUUGAUUUGGCGACAACCUGUCAGUACACGAAGGAGCAGACCAGGCAACAAAAUGUGCAGAAAGUUGUCGCUUCAGAGGUGGUGGGUCAAUGGGCGACGCCUAUUCGCAAAGCCUGGUGGUUGAAGUCUCCUCUGCGAGCUCAAGGUCGGCCAGGUGUUUGGACACUUCGUCUGCCCAGAUCUUCGGUGCCAGAUGAUGCGUUGCCUCUGCUCGGAACAUGGACAUCUCGGAGGGAGAUGCAGCAACCAACGGCCGAAGAUGUGCAAGACUUGCCGGACAUGAUGGUGUUUGACUUGGAUGGAGUAUGCUGGAGGCCUGAAAUGUAUCAGACAGCAGGAGGCCCUCCAUAUCAGAGAAUCUCCGAGGGUGUUGUCCUGAACUCCGCCAAUGAGGAGAUCCGACUGUUCCCAGCGGUGCGACGUGUUUGGGCUCUGCUUCACUCCUUGCGCUCGCAGGGUGUCCGUGUGGCAGUGGCAAGCAGUUCGCGCAGGCACAAAGCUUUGCCUUUACUGGAGACCAUGGAAACUGCGCCUGGCAUCACCAUGAAGGAUGUCAUAGAUCGAAGGCUCUUUGAGAUGUACUAUCGGCGUGGUGAGUACAAGCGACCCCACCUUGAGACUUUGCUGGCAAAAUCUGGUGUGGCACCCAACAAAGUUCUUUUUGUGGACGAUUCCGCGAAGAACAUCCAAUCGGUGAGGCCAUUGGGAGUCUGUGCUGUUCAUUUGCCAGAAGGGCUUACAGAAGCAGCAUGGAGUCAUUCCUUGGAGAUGUAUAGAGCUCAUCAGAAUACUGCCAACGAGCUUCCAGCCGAACGAGCACAGACCAAGUUGACCAGUGACCAGAACCUUGACAUUCUGAAAGCCUUGAUGGAGGAAACGGACAUCAGGAUCGCGGAGGUCAAGCGGGACGCGUAUGAAUUCAGGCGAGAUAUUGUAGUUGGAGCAGAAAAUCCCAGAACCGGAAAGACUGUUGCGGAGAAGGUUCUGAAGUACAUGGAAGACAAACUGACGCAGAAGGACAUGCAAAUCAACAAGCUUUUGAUGAAGAACCAGGCCUACAAAGUGGCUAUCAAGAAGGCUGAGGCCCAGUUGAAGUCGAAAGCAGAAACUGGCGACGAUUUGCAGUACAUCGACUUUCAUCAGCUUCAGAUCGAAAACUCUCAGUUUGUCAAGAGGAUCGAGGAGGCAAACCAGGAGUUAAUUGAAUUGAAGCGCCGCGCUGGACGAACAGUCAAGAUCUUGAACAACAUGAAGAAGAAGCUCAGCAGUCUCACAGCCGAGGCCAAGUUCCUGGAGGAUGAAAUUAAAGAGCGAAAAGCGAUGCUCGCAAAGACUGAGCAUGACAUUGUCAAAGUGGUGGAGGAAAAGGAAGCUGCACGAAAGGAACACAAGAAGCUUCGAGCACAGUCAAGGCAGUCUCCAGAGAUGCCACAGGUUGUCGACUAUGUCAGCCAGAAGGCGGAGGCCUACGAACUUGAGGCACAGAAGCGGAACUGGGAAAGAAAAGUUGAGCUCGCUGAAACCGCAGCGAAGCGCAUCCGGCAGGCUGUGAAGAACGGCACUCAGCUGCCCGGCAGAUAA